CGCCUGGCGACUUACGGCAUCAACGUGGCCGAGCUGACGGGGGAUCACCAGCUCUGCAAGGAGGAAAUCAGCGCUACCCAGAUCAUCGUCUGCACCCCGGAGAAGUGGGACAUCAUCACCCGCAAGGGAGGAGAACGCACCUAUACCCAGCUGGUGCGGCUGGUCAUCCUGGAUGAGAUACACCUACUGCAUGACGACCGAGGACCUGUCCUGGAGUCUUUGGUAGCCAGAGCCAUCCGCAACAUCGAGAUGACUCAGGAGGACGUGAGGCUCGUUGGUUUGAGCGCCACUCUCCCCAAUUAUGAGGACGUGGCUACCUUCCUGAGAGUGGACCCGGCCAAAGGCUUGUUCUAUUUUGAUAACAGUUUCCGACCGGUGCCCCUAGAACAGACCUACGUGGGUAUUACAGAGAAGAAAGCAAUCAAACGCUUCCAGAUAAUGAAUGAGAUUGUUUAUGAGAAAAUUAUGGAGCAUGCUGGAAAGAACCAGGUGCUGGUGUUUGUUCACUCCAGGAAGGAGACUGGGAAGACAGCCCGGGCUAUCAGGGACAUGUGUCUGGAGAAAGAUACCCUGGGCCUCUUCUUACGGGAGGGCUCAGCCUCCACUGAGGUCCUGAGGACUGAAGCUGAGCAGUGCAAGAACCUGGAGCUGAAGGAUCUCCUUCCUUACGGCUUCGCCAUUCACCACGCCGGGAUGACGCGGGUGGACCGGACGCUGGUGGAGGAUCUGUUUGCUGACAAGCACAUUCAGGUGCUGGUCUCCACAGCCACACUGGCCUGGGGUGUGAACCUCCCUGCUCACACUGUCAUCAUCAAGGGGACACAGGUGUACAGCCCUGAGAAGGGACGCUGGACCGAGCUGGGUGCUCUGGACAUCCUGCAGAUGCUAGGGCGUGCCGGGCGGCCUCAGUACGAUACGAAAGGAGAGGGGAUCCUCAUCACAUCCCACGGCGAGCUGCAGUAUUACCUGUCCCUGCUCAACCAGCAGCUCCCCAUUGAAAGUCAGAUGGUGUCGAAGCUCCCAGACAUGCUGAAUGCAGAGACUGUGCUCGGCAACGUCCAGAACGCAAAGGAUGCAGUGAACUGGCUGGGCUAUACCUACCUGUACAUCCGAAUGCUGCGCUCCCCCACGCUCUACGGGAUCUCCCACGAUGAUCUGAAGGGGGAUCCGCUGCUGGACCAGCGCCGCCUGGAUCUGGUUCACACUGCAGCCCUCAUGUUAGACAAGAACAACCUGGUGAAGUACGACAAGAAGACGGGGAACUUCCAGGUGACAGAGCUGGGCCGCAUCGCCAGCCACUACUACAUCACCAACGAGACGAUGCAAACUUACAAUCAGCUCCUGAAACCCACCCUGAGUGAAAUCGAGCUGUUUCGGGUCUUCUCGCUGUCCUCAGAGUUCAGGAACAUCACCGUGAGGGAGGAGGAGAAGCUCGAGCUUCAGAAGUUGCUGGAGCGAGUUCCCAUCCCAGUGAAGGAGAGCAUAGAGGAGCCCAGUGCCAAGAUCAACGUGCUUCUCCAGGCCUUCAUCUCCCAGCUGAAGCUGGAAGGAUUUGCUCUCAUGGCAGACAUGGUGUACGUUACCCAGUCUGCUGGGCGGCUGAUGCGUGCCAUCUUCGAGAUCGUCCUGAACCGUGGCUGGGCCCAGCUCACCGACAAGACCCUCAACCUCUGCAAGAUGAUCGACAAGCGCAUGUGGCAGUCCAUGUGCCCUUUGCGUCAGUUCAAGAAACUGCCUGAAGAAGUGGUGAAGAAAAUAGAGAAGAAGAAUUUCCCGUUCGAGCGGCUCUACGACUUGAACCAUAACGAGAUAGGAGAACUGAUCCGAAUGCCUAAGAUGGGCAAGACAAUCCAUAAAUACGUUCAUCUGUUUCCAAAACUGGAGCUCUCGGUCCAUUUGCAGCCCAUUACCCGCUCCACCUUGAAAGUAGAACUUACUAUUGCCCCUGACUUCCAGUGGGAUGAGAAGGUACAUGGUUCAUCCGAAGCUUUCUGGAUCCUGGUGGAGGAUGUGGACAGCGAGGUGAUCCUGCACCACGAGUACUUCCUACUGAAAGCCAAGUACGCGCAGGACGAGCACCUCGUCACCUUCUUCGUGCCUGUGUUUGAGCCCCUGCCCCCACAGUACUUCAUCCGGGUGGUCUCUGACCGUUGGCUCUCCUGUGAGACCCAGCUGCCCGUGUCCUUCCGCCACCUGAUCCUCCCUGAGAAGUACCCUCCUCCGACCGAGCUGCUGGAUCUGCAGCCGCUGCCCGUGUCGGCUCUGCGGAACAGCGCCUUCGAGAGCCUCUACCAGGACAAGUUCCCCUUCUUCAACCCAAUCCAGACUCAGG